GAAGCAGGGGAAGAAGUUGCAGGCAUGAAGAACACCAUAAGGUGUUGCAUCUCUUGCAUUCUUCCCUGCGGAGCACUGGAUGUGAUCCGCAUAGUUCACUCCAAUGGCCGCGUCGAGGAAAUCAGCGGCUCCGUCAAGGCCAGCGACGUCAUGAAGUUGUACCCCAAGCACGUCCUCAAGAAACCCUGCUCUCCGUCGUCUGCCGAUGACGGUGUCGUUCCCAAGAUCGUGAUCGUCCCUCCCGAUGCCGAGCUCCAACGAGGCAAGAUUUACUUCCUGACGCCGGAGGAGAAGAGUCGGCCCACAUCGUCGGCGCCGAAGAAUAAGAAGAAGAAGGAGCGGAGUGAGAGAACGUUGACAAACAGAGAUAGUAAUAGCGGCAACGCCGCCGUGGCCAUGGCUAAUCUGCAGAUUCUAUCCUCCGAUCGGUACUUGACGGAUAUACUAUCCGAGAAGCUCUCGACGCAGAGAGAUAGAAGAAGAGGGCGCGUCGCCGUGUGGAGACCUCACCUGGAGAGCAUUUCGGAGUCUCCAAGUGAUCUGUAAGGGGGUGGUUCUUGAUUGUUUCCGAAAUCUUAUGAUUUCAACGAAGCCCGCUUCAUCCUUUUUAUCCAUAUAUUACAGGGUUUAUUUUAAGAGAUAUUUGCAAUCCAUUUUUUGAACUUCCAAAGAAAAAAUGAAUUUCUUUUUUAGUUUUUCCUUUGUGUCUUCUUCCUCUUCCGCCAGUGCUUCUUCUCUGUACAUAGGCUUAUAGAUAGAGGAACGCAGUUAAAAAGAAAAAUUGUAAUAAUGCUUAUCUUAUGGAUUUUGAAACUGGGUUGCUCUAGUGCUAGAGGCGGAUAAUUCUGCAAUCAGAUUAGGGCCAUAAAUGGGUCAGUUUCCAUUGUGGAAAUAGUUUUGAGCUUUUACGAUCUUUUGGGUGGUCAUUGUUCGCUCAGUGGGGCAUAUAUUAUAGAUCAAAUCAUGAUGGGUGCUAUAAAAUUGUAACUGUGAUAAAGAUAUAAAUCCAGGACUU